CCUUUGUAAUGUGACUGACUCCGCCUGCAAACCUCUUGCUGCUUUCAUUUUGAAGGGAAGAAAGAAACGUCUAAACUGAAUGAAACUUCGACACAGAGUGUGUUUGUUGAUUAGGAAUCAAACCUGUGAAUAUCAGCAGAUGUGCAGCUCCAUACGACAUGAACAGAGUCUCAGGAUUGUGACGAACUCUUGCAAGACGAUGAACAGACCGACGACAGGAGUCGCAGAAGAUGAUCAACUGAAGACUUACAGAAACAGAAUAUCAACAUGUCCAGUCCUGACAUCACAGUGGAAAGAAGUAGUCCAGAAUUGGAUCGCCCCGACUUUUCAGAGAAGCUGAAUCUGGCUGUGUGUGGAAGUGACGACACAUUAAAGUCCUCCAUAUCAGAGCUGAUCCUGCAGCAGAAAGACAGAAGAUCAGACGUGGAUCUUCAUGGGCGUCUGAUCAGUCUGGUGGAGCUCCCGGCUCUCAUUCAUCUCUCAGAGGAGGAAGUGAUGCGUCACUGUGUGUCUCUGUGUCAUCCUGGAGUUCAUGUUUUACUCCUCAUAGUUCCUGAAGCUCCACUCAAUAAUGAAGACAAAGCAGAAAUGGAGAAGAUCCAGAGGAUAUUCGGCUCCGGAGUCAACAAACACAUCAUGAUCCUCAUAAUGCAGACUUCAGCAGAGCUCAGUGAAGGAACACAGUCUGUCAUCGAGAGUUUUGGAGGACGACAACAAUGUUUUGGUCCCACCACACAAGUGUCCACAUUGAUGGAGAACAUUAAGCAGAUGGUGGAAGAAAACGGAGGAGAGUUUUUCUCUACAGAGACAUUUCUGGAGGCGCAGAUGAAGAAACUGCUGCAAUUUGAAGAGAUGAAGAAGAAACUCGACUCACAAGAGACAAAUUUACUGUCACAAGGUUCAACAGCGAGUAAAGAUGAUCUGAGGAUUGUGCUGCUGGGAAAAACUGGAGUUGGGAAAAGUGCAACUGGAAACACAAUCUUAGGAAGAAAAGCGUUUACAGCAGAAACAUCUCAAGAGUCAGUGACUAAAGAGAGUCAGAGAGAAACAUCUGACAUCAACGGCCGACACGUUACUGUGAUCGACACUCCAGGACUGUUUGAUACUGAACUCACUAAUGAAGAGAUCCAGAGAGAAAUCAGACACUGCAUCUCCAUGAUCCUGCCUGGACCGCAUGUGUUCAUCAUUGUGCUCAAUUUAGGACAACGGUUCACUCGAGAAGAAGCAACAUCAGUGAAGAUCAUCCAAGAGACGUUUGGAGAGAAAUCUUUAAUGUUCACCAUGGUGCUCUUCACCAGAGGAGACGAUCUGAAGGACAAAACCAUUGAUCAGUGUUUGGGAAAACCUGGAUCUCCUCUGAUGAACCUGAUCGAAGCGUGUGGAAACAGAUAUCAUGUGUUCAACAAUAAUCAGACUGGAGACCGAACACAGGUGUCUGAUCUACUGGAGAAGAUAGACCACAUGGUGAACGCAAACGGAGGGAGUUUCUACUCCUGUAAGAUGUUCAGAGAGAUGGAGAGAGAAAAACAAGAACAACAGAUGAAGAUCCUGAUGGACAGAGUCAGAGAAAGAGAAGAACUGAUGAAGAAACUAGAAGAAGAAAUGAAAAGAGAACGAGAGAUGUUUAAAAAUAAAAUAGAGCAAAUGACGAAAGAAAAAGAAAAACUGCUAUUGAAAUACGAGACAGAAAUAGACAGACUGAUGAUCAGAAACGAGAAUGAGAGGAAGAAAAGAGAAGAGGAAUGUAUAAAACAAGAAGAACGAUAUAAAACAUUAAUGAAAGAGAAAGAAGAUCUUCAGUCUAAGCAUGAAGCAGAAGAAAACAAGAUGAAGAUCCUGAUGGAGAGAAUGGAGCAAAUGAACAGAGAAAGAGAAGAACUGAUGAAACCGAAAGAGAGAAUGAAGAUGAUGAUGGAGGAAGAACGACAAAAUCUAGAGAAAAACAGAAAGAGAAGCGAAGAAGAAUUGAAAGAGAGAGAUGAUCGAUAUAAAAGAGAAAUGAAGGAACAGGAGGUGCAGAUGAGAGAUGAAAUGAAGAAAGUAAAAGAGAUGUAUAAAGAUGAAUUAAAUGAAAUGAGGCAAGACAAAGAGACUGUGAAAAAAGAAAAAGACAGUCUUCAGAUCAGAUACCACACAGAAAUAGACAGACUGAUGAACACAAUCGAGAAUGAAAGACAAAAUCAUGAUAAAGAAAGAAAGAGAAGAGAAGAAGAAUUCAAUGAGAGAGAAGAACGAUUUAAAAGAGAAAUGAACGAGAGAGAGGAGCUCGAGAGAAAGAUACGAGACGAGAUGAGACGAGAACGAGAGACAUUUAAACAUGAAAUGGAGGAAAUGAAGCAAGAAAAACAAAAACUUCAGAUCACGUACAAAACAGAAAUAGACAGUCUGAUGGACAGAAUACAGAAUGAACGACAGAAUCAUGAAAAAGAGAGAAAGAGAAGAGACAAUGAAUAUACAGAAAGAGAAGAACAAUAUAAAACACGGAUGAGAAGAGAACAAGAGGAUUGGGACCGGCAGAAACUGGAGGAAAAGACGAGAAGAGAAGAAAGUGAGAAAAGAAGAGAGAGCGAUAAACAGAUUUGUGAUGAACAGAUAAAGGGACUGAAGACUGAAAUGGAGGAAAUAAUCAGAGAGAAAGAGACAAUGGAGAUGAUGAUGGAGAAAGAACGACAGAAUUAUGAAAGUGAGAGAGAGAAAAGAGAAGAAAAUGAGAAAAGAAGAGAGAGAGAUAAACAGAUUCGUGAUGAACAGAUUCAGGGACUGAAGACUGAAAUGGAGGGAAUAAUCAGAGAGAAAGAGAGAAUGGAGAUGAUGAUGGAGAAAGAACGACAGAAUUAUGAAAGUGAGAGAGAAAAGAGAAGAAAAUGAGAAAAGAAGAGAGAGCGAUAAACAGAUUUGUGAUGAACAGAUUCAGGGACUGAAGACUGAAAUGGAGGGAAUAAUCAGAGAGAAAGAGACAAUGGAGAUGACGAUGGAGAAAGAACGACAGAAUUAUGAAAGUGAGAGAGAGAAAAGAGAAGAAAAUGAGAAAAGAAGAGAGAGAGAUAAACAGAUUCGUGAUGAACAGAUUCAGGGACUGAAGACUGAAAUGGAGGGAAUAAUCAGAGAGAAAGAGACAAUGGAGAUGACGAUGGAGAAAGAACGACAGAAUUAUGAAAGUGAGAGAGAGAAAAGAGAAGAAAAUGAGAAAAGAAGAGAGAGCGAUAAACAGAUUUGUGAUGAACAGAUUCAGGGACUGAAGACUGAAAUGGAGGGAAUAAUCAGAGAGAAAGAGACAAUGGAGAUGACGAUGGAGAAAGAACGACAGAAUUAUGAAAGUGAGAG